AUGCCGCCGCCCAUUCUGUGCAUCAUGAAGGAGCUCGCUGGUUGCAAUGUGGAGGAUUUGCGCGACGUACGCGUUCCCUUCCCCCAAACAAGGAUUCCUACUAAUGGCUUUGAAGGUUGCCAUGCCCUGCUGCGGGUUGAUAUUGCAGACUCGGUGACUCAACUUGGGAACUUUGCCUUUAGAGACUGCAGCUCUUUAAGGGCUGUGACCAUCGAGGGUGUGACUCAAAUUUCAAUUGGUGCCUUCCGCGGCUGCAGCUCUUUGACUGCUUUGACCAUCCCCAGGUCUGUGACAAGAAUUGGACAUGCUGCCUUUCGCGGAUGCAGCUCUUUCGCAAGCCUGGUCAUCCCGGCAACUGUCAUGUCUAUCGGGAAUGAUGCCUUUGCUGACUGCAGCUCUUUAAGAAGUUUGGCAAUCCCCGACGCUGUGACUGGAAUCGGAGAGGGCAUCUUUGAUGGCUGCAGUUCCUUGACGAACCUGAAAAUCCCACGGGGUGUGACAACCUUUGGAAAGCGCGCCUGCAUUGGCUGCAGCUCUUUGACAAGAUUGGCCAUCCCUUCCUCAGUGACGGAAAUCGGAGAGGCGGCAUUUGCAAGAUUUUGCGAGUUGCAGCUCUUUGAGGAGUCUGAGCAUCCCUGA